UUAUUUUCACUUGCACGGGCAACGUUGUGGGGCCUUUUAUCAUAGUUUCCAGUUGGCUUUCCACGUGACGGAAUUGUUGUUGUGCAAGUCCUCCCCCAGCGAUCUUGGGAGUAUUCUUGAGCACUUGGAAAUAAAAGAAAAAUUCUGAAUCGAGGAUAAUUUGGUAUUCGUGUCCACUAUCGUGAGCAUUUGCGUGCACUUGGAAUUGAUCGACAUGGGUAUAAAGGCGCUUCCAAUAAUUCAACGAGAAAACUUUAAACGUCGAAGCACUGGCAUCGACAUGAGGAUCAUCGGGGUUUCUCUAGCACUGCUGUCCCUCGUUCUCUUCGUCCGAGGGGACGACAAGGAUCCGCAUGGACCUAUAAGAGAGAAGUGCAAAGACCAAUUCGGUCUUUCCUCUGACGACCUCAAGGCGGCUAUGGAGGACCCCAGUGACGUUGGAUGUUAUAUCCUGUGCUUCUUCAAGGAUCUGUCCAUUAUGGAUGACAGCGGGAAGUUUGAUCCCGAUGCGGCGCUGGAUGCCAUCGAGGAUAGUGCCAAGGAUGACGCCAAGCCGGUCCUCUCCUCGUGUGAUAGUAAAGUAAAAAAAUCUACAACUAAAGACCCUUGUGCUCGAGCAUUGGAGGUGGUUACUUGUUUCAAGGAGGAAGCACCUGAACUUUAUAAAAAUUUGGGAAUAUUCCAUCCACUGGGCUAAUAGCACCAGUAAACGACGAACAUGGUCCUCAUUUUAUCAACAAUUUGAAAGUCUACAAAUAGACAAAGAAUAUGGUCAUCCAAAAUAUUAACAUGAACGGCGUAUUCUCACGCAAUAUCAAUAAAUAAAACCUCAAGAAAAAUAACCAA